UUUUUUUGGAGAAUGAGAAAUUCUAAUGAAAAAUGGGAAAAGGAAUGGGUUAUAGUUCGUGAUUCUAUAAAAUAAUCGUCAAAUAGCUAUAUUGCAUUUUGUUCACAUAUAAGUUCAUCAUCCCCAGCAGAUGUGUUUCUGUUGGAUAAAUAUUUUAAAUGCGAUAGAACUGAAAUUCAUGGGAUCCAUAAAGUUUUAUUACACGAUCGCAUUGAUUUAUCAAAUAGUUCUCGUAAAAUUGAGCUCAGAGGCGAUAAACGUACCUUGGAAAGUCUUAUGGAAAGUAUCAAUAAAGUUAAAAUAUCAUCUCCUUGGGUGAGACAACAUCGGUUCGAUUCUUAUGCCCCAAUAAGAGAAGCUGCAAAAAUAAAGUGGUAUGUUGAUGGCAAAGAUUAUUUCUUCGCCGUUUCACAAGCCAUUUUGGCGGCUAAAUCUGAAAUUUAUAUCGAAGAUUGGUGGUUAUCUCCUGAAUUAUAUCUUCGCAGACCUCCUAGUGAAAAUGAAGAUUUCCGAUUAGAUAAUUUACUUAAAAAGAAAGCAGAAGAAGGAGUUAUGAUUUAUAUUGUUGUAUAUAAAGAAGUGAGAUAUGCUCUGACUUUGGAUUCGCGUCAUACAAAACUGUCAUUAGAAAAACUUCAUAGGAACAUAAGAGUUCAAAGGCACCCGGAUCAUGGACCUGAGGGAACGAUGUUUUGGGCGCAUCAUGAGAAAAUGGUUGUGGUUGAUAGUCAAGUAGCGUUCAUAGGAGGAUUAGAUUUAUGUUUUGGGCGUUAUGACACUCAUACACAUGAAAUGAUUGAUUGGUUUCCUGAAGAAACCAAAAAAGCUCGAUCAAUAUGGCUGGGAUUAGAUUACUCUAAUCCAAGAGUUAAGGAUUUCGCAAAUGUUGCGGAUUAUUUGCAUGAGAUCAUUGAUAAAAAACGUACCCCUCGUAUGCCAUGGCACGAUGUUUCUAUAGGAAUGAUUGGAACUCCCGCUCGUGAUGUUGCUAGACAUUUUGUACAAAGAUGGAAUUUCAUUAAAGAUGAAAAGGCUUAUAAUAAAGAAAAGUUCCCAUUUUUAACUCCAAAAGGAGAAUAUGUUAGUACUCGCGAUGAAAGUUUAUUCAGAGGUACUUGUGAUGUGCAAUUGCUAAGAAGUAGUGCAGAGUGGAGUAGUGGGAUUAAACAGGAGAAUUCUAUCUAUAAUGCUUAUGUUCAUUUAAUUCGAACUUCCAAACAUUUUAUUUAUAUUGAAAAUCAAUUUUUCAUCACUUCCACCGAACAUGAAAACAAUUAUGUUAUUAAAAAUAGGAUUGGAGAGGCUAUUGUUGAACGAGUGAAGCGAGCUCAUAAAAAUAAUGAAAAAUUCCGUAUAAUAGUUAUUAUGCCUUUAUUACCUGCAUUCGAAGCCGAUUUAAGUUCAAAAGAUGCUGGAACAAUCCGUAUGGUCAUGCAUUGGCAAUAUGUUUCAAUAUGUCGAGGCGGGAAAUCAGUUUUAGAGAAAAUUGCAGAGGAAAAAAUUAAUCCGGAAGAUUAUAUUUCAUUUUUUGCUUUGCGUGGUUAUGAUAGAAUUCAUGCAAAUGAUGAUAAGGGAAAGAAAACUGAUGGUUCAUCAACGGAUCAUACUAAACAAGAUUCUUUCUCAGAUGAACAAUCUCGCCCAAUUUCGGAUGGUAGAAUUGGCGGUGAGCCAGUUAUCCCGUCAGGCAUAAAACAGAUGGAUCCAAAACAAAAUUUUGUAACCGAAGAGGUUUAUAUCCAUAGUAAAUUAAUGAUUGUAGAUGAUAGAUUUGUGAUUUGCGGUUCAGCUAAUAUAAAUGACAGAUCACAGGUUGGAAAUCGUGAUUCGGAAAUUGCAAUUGUUAUUGAAGAUAAGAAACAUGUCAAAUCACGCAUGAACGGGUUGGAAUAUCAAGCAUCAAAAUUUGCAUACACAUUACGGAGCAGCCUUUUCAAGGAACAUUUGGGAAUAUGUGAACCACAAGACCAUUCGUCAGUUACGAAAAGUUCUCUGCCGCCCGUGAGUAGAGAAAUAUUAUUUGAUUUAUUACACGAAAGAGAUAGAUCUAUUUCUUCAAUAUUAGAUGAUGAUAUGAAUUAUAAACAACCUAAAAUUAAACAUCCAACAAAAGAAGAUUUAAUUGUUAUGGAUCCACUCUCUGAUGAAUUUUAUGAUCAUUGGAAAACAACUGCGAAAAACAAUUCUGAAACAUAUCGAUCGGUAUUUAGAUGUAUUCCUGAUAAGAAUGUAACGUCAUGGGAUGAGUAUAAACACUUCGUUCCUGAUCAAACUAAAGUCCCCAUAGGGCAUGUUGCAAAUUCGGAGACUCCUAUAGAUGAAACAGUUAAAAAAUUGAAUAAUAUUCGUGGACAUUUAGUUGAAUUUCCUUAUGAAUUUUUAAAUAAAGAAAAUUUAUUAGGAAGUGUAAUUUCAAAUGCCGUAACUCCCGCUGAAAUAUUUACAUAGUUUAAAAAUACAAAAAUUUUCAUAUAGCUAGCUUAUUUAAUAUUUAUUUUAUUCAU